UCGUAGCGCUCGCUGAGUUACUAGGAGACUGAAGUUUGUAAUAAGAUACACACGCGUACCUUACGAUCACACACGCUUCUCCGCACGCUUUAAACGGUAACGCGUAAGCUCCUUUGAAGACGUGAGGUGGAGAGCGAACUUGUGUGUUUGUGUGGGUGGGGAUGGCGUUUCGCACAACGCUCAUCUCCCACAAGGCUUAUUAUUAACGGCAACAGCGCCGGUUUAAUUCCGGGUCGCGCGGUUUCAGUGUUGGUCUCGAGCCAGCAAGUUCAGUUAAACAGCGGCGGCCGUGCCUGGAUCAUGAGCGCGGCGCGCGGGGUGCUCGCGAGGACCGGAAGGGCUCGCGCGGAGCUGAUCAGGCGUCUCUCCCCCCGGGUCUCCUUUACCCAGACCUGCUCGUGGUACUCCGACGGGCCCGGUACUGAUCGGCCUGAAGUACGGCUGAGUCGGCUUGGUGGUGAAGACAACGGUAUAGUGGAAGUGCUGAUGUGUCGUGAGAGGGCGAGGAACUCUCUGGGACGUGUGUUUGUAGGUCAGAUGAGAGAGCUGGUGUCAUCGUUGCAUCACGACGAAGCGGUUCGCGCGGUCAUCUUCAAGAGCUCGAUACCCGGAGUCUUUUGUGCAGGCGCAGAUCUUAAGGAGAGAGCUCAGAUGAGUAACCCUGAGGCAGAGCUGUUUGUACAUGGCCUUCGAUCGCUAAUGAAUGACAUCGCUGUGCUGCCCGUGCCAACCAUCGCAGCGGUGGACGGCUUCGCUCUCGGGGGCGGUCUGGAGCUGGCCCUGGCGUGUGACCUUCGCACUGCAGCACAUUCAGCGCAGAUGGGCCUGAUUGAAACUACUCGAGGAUUACUCCCGGGGGCCGGAGGCAGUCAAAGGCUUCCCCGGACAGUCGGCUUUGCCAUGGCGAAGGAGCUGAUUUUUACAGGCCGGCGUGGGGGUGAACGGGCUGCAGAGCUAGGGCUAGUAAACCGCUCCGUGCCGCAGAACCAGACCGGAGACGCGGCCCACAAGGAGGCUCUUAGUCUGGCACGAGAGAUCCUGCCUCAGGCCCCGAUCGCUGUGCGAAUGGCUAAAGUAGCCAUGAAUCGAGGUGCCGAGGUGGACAUCUCUUCAGGAAUGGCUAUCGAGGGAAUGUGUUACGCCAGGCUCAUUCCUACGAGGGACAGACAAGAGGGCAUGGCUGCGUUCAUAGAAAAGAGGCCUCCAAGGUACACUGGGGAGUGAAUGUCUGAAGGUUUAAAACCUGCACAACAUGUUUCAAAACCACGUGUUCUACAUUACAAACCGUACUCGCGUUGGGUUUCAAUGUUCCGUAAUGCCUAAAAAUAACCACCACCAAUCAUUUAAAAAGGUCUUUGUUCUACUUUUUUAUGAAAAAAAGUUUCUGUUUUCUCUUAAUUAUUAAAAAACAGAUCAUUGGAUACCUUUAAAACAUCAUAAAUGAAAUAAAAAAAUCAAUAUAAAUUGUA